AGAUCAAAGCAGACAACUAUGAUUUUGUGCACAUCCCUCUACAGGUUUUUAGUUUCAGAUAUUAAACGUAAUGCGAUGCUAGUGACCACCCCUUUGCGUUGUUACACUGGUUGCUUUGUUAGGGGGUUCUGAUACACCUACUUUCGGAGUGCACUAUCAAGCAGCUCAGUUUAGGGACUUGCCCACCGAAACACCUACCUCUACAGCAUAUAAUAGUAGUGGUCCAGCCGUAUUUCUCACACAUUUCUACUUUCAGCCGUUAGCAGUGGAAUAUGGUAUUCAACACACUGAUUUACCUCGGCAUGAUUUUGCCGCUUGUACGGUGCGGUUACAACAGGCUACAUGAAACAUCCUGUAGUCAUCCUGCAGACGUGGUAUUUUUGUUAGACUGCUCAGGAAGCCUCAGAAGAGAUGAAUUUUAUGAACAAUUAAACUUUAUGAGGAAUUUCGUAUCUGAAGCUGAUGUUUCACGAAGUGUCGUAAGAGUUAGUUUAGUGACAUUCUCAACUUAUCCCAGAACGGAAUUCUUUUUAAAAGAUUAUCGCACCAAGCGAGAUGUGAUGGCUGCCAUUAGCAGAACACGCUAUCGUGGUGGACGGACUCAUACAUGGACGGCAUUAGAUUAUAUACGUAAAUACUCCUUUUCACCAAAAUUUGGAAGCCGGCCGGGUGUUCCUAAAAUCUUAAUCGUAAUAACAGAUGGAGGCUCUAACGAGAGAUAUAAGACAAUACGGUCUGCAAGAUUGAUGAAAUCACGAAAAAUACGAACAUACGCUAUUGGAAUUGGGAAUCAGUUAAAUCAUGACGAACUAGUAAAUUUAGCCUCAAAGAGUACUUUCAUAUUUCAUGUACCGAAUUCCCAUUCAUUGAAAAAGAUCCAAAAUGAUGUUCGAAGAAAUGUAUGUCGCUCAGUUUGUGAUAUUUGGCCUGCUGACAUUGUAUUUCUGUUGGACGAUUCCACCAGUAUAUGGGACAACGAUUAUCAAAAACAACUCACAUUCUUGUCUGAGUUUGUGAAAGAUAUCACUAUCGGUCCAAAGAAAUCACAAAUAAGCGUGGUGACAUUUAGUUCUCGGCCAAAGACACAAUUUUGGCUGCGAGACCAUUUGAGUAAAACGGAAGUAUUAAGCGCCAUUAAACAUAUCGAUCGAAUGUAUGGAGACACGUACACAUCUGACGGAUUACGAAUGAUAAGAGAACACAGCUUCUCACCUCGAUACGGCGGAAGAAUUAAAGCUUCACACAUUGUUAUUGUUAUAACAGAUGGCAAAUCAACUAUACCAACAGAAACUGUAAACCAAGCAAAAAAGCUACAUGAUACAAAAGCAAUAGUAUUUGCAAUCGGUGUCGGUCGCCGUGUUGACCCAAUAGAACUAAAUAGCAUUGCAAGUGAACGUCAAUUUGUCUUCCAGGUUGACAGCUACGAUGCUUUGACAACGAUUAAAACAAAACUCUCUCAAAAAGUUUGCACACUUUCCAUAACAAAAGUAGGAGAAUGGGAUUAAAACAAAAUACUUCAGAUUUUAAGUACAAUAAGGUAUUAUUUGAUUUCACACGCAAACGUGACAGUUCCAUAAAUUUAGAUAGCUUUCGCAGUUAUUAUGUUUAUAAGAAACCGAAGUGAAACUUGAGUGAAAGUUUUGAAUAUUUGAUACUAAAUUCGUUUAAGGGUUUGAAAAGCCUGAAAAUAUUUAGCACCCAAUUUCACUGAAACGUUUGUCAGAAAUACAAAAAGAGAUUGUCUAGAUGGAGUAGUUACCGAAAAAGUGUUGACAUUCUUUUAAAGAGUUUGUAGCAUAAUUAUUGAUUAUUUAUUCUCCAACCCCAAAUCCAAAAAAACAUCGCUGAAGUGUAUCGUAUUUGGAAAUACAUUUAAUCACGAUGUGAAAUUUACAUUGAAAAACUAAAAAUGAAUGCUGCAAAAGGUGAAAGUAUUCAAAAGUCAAUACAACUACUAUUACAUUCCGCGAUAUUGCAACAGAAUAACUCAAACAUUAUUUUUCUGUUCUGUUAUAUUUUUCUCUCAUAUUUUCUGGAAAAAAGUGGUGAAUAUUGAAGAGAUAACAAAUAUACUAUAACACUUCUGUGAUUUAAAUUACCAUUCAUUCGUGACAGGAAGGCAUUUUCAUAAAGUUUUAACAAAGAAUAAGGAAGUUAAUAGUAACUAAUUUAUCAUUGUACUACCAUCACAAUAUCUUACAUAUUAUUGUUAACAUUUUAGCUUUGACUGGAAUUUAGGAUUGUAACAUUAUGGAAUCUGCAGUUGACUGCCGCAAUGCUUAAAGAAUCUGACAAAAUACUUUCUGGUAGAUGGUAUUUUGUUGAGUUCUUUUUCACUUUGUGUUCGAACCCAUGAAGUCGGUUUUGCAUUUCAUCCUUCCGAAGUCAAUAAAAUACAUACAAGUCAAGUAUGUUUUUCAUCCAUUGUCCCCUCUCCACAGAAAAUUGUGACGCCAACGCUUAAAUUGUGGUUUGGAUGUUUGUUAUCUUUUCCCUGACUGAGGUGACGUUCUUCUGUAAGAAAUCAUUUCACCCAGGUGUACAAUAUAAAAUGUUCAAAGAAAAAUGAAAGAGAAAAAGAAAGAAAUAUGAACAACAAUGAAAAACGAUUUGUUAAUAUAUGCAGUAGAGACAUUAAAAUUCAAAAAACUUAUUGUUGAAGUU